UCUUUCUGCUCAAAGCCAGCACACAGACUGCGCAUGCGCGCUGGUCAAAAGACGCGGCUCUUUGGUGUCUUUAGAUCGGUUCCCGGUAGUUCCGGUUACCGAUAACCCUAUCCCCGAGUUAGUUGGAUCCUUCCCGUGCGAACCGUUAGCCGCUAACACGAGCUAACGCUUUAGCAUCAACUUGGUGUUACAGUCUGAUCUACUGACUUAUCCACCUGCAGAGCAGUGACCCACUGAGGAGGAUGAGGGUGGUGGAGGUGUCCGACGGAAGGACAAGAGGACCUCUGUCUCUGGACGACUGUCGCUGUCCGGUGUGUUUGGAGAUCUUUAUGGAGCCAGUGACACUACCCUGCACACACACCUUCUGCAAGGCCUGCUUCCUAGAGUCCGUGGACAAAGCCACGCUCUGCUGUCCGCUGUGCAGGAAGAGGGUCUCUACGUGGGCUCGUCUGAACAGCAGGAACCAGACUCUAGUGGACCAGCAACUGUGGGACCAGAUCCAGACCUGCUUCCCUCUGCAGUGUCAGCGCCGCCUCACCGGGCAGGACGCUGCCGAGGACGAGCCGGGAGUCUCUGUGUGUUUUCCCAGAGUGAGUCAGCCUGGAGAGCUGAAGCAGGAAUAUGAGGACCAGGUCACCAAACUGACGGAAGAGAAGCGAGUCCUGGACGAGGAGGAGAGGAUGGCCAGUGAGGACUACAUACACAGACUGCUGGCUGAGGAGGAGGAGCUGCAGCAGGAGGAGACGAGGAGGCGCGAAGACGAUGAGAGACUAGCCCGACUGCUCAGCAGCCAGCUGAACUCGGCACCCGUCUCUCAGGUGAACGUUGGUCCUGCUACCGUCAUUACAGCAAAGAAAAAGAAGAAGGAGGUCAGCCGAGGACAGAUAGAGAAGUUUCUGUGCCCUCUUCCAUCCAACAGCAGCUUCAUGGCCAACAAGGAGAACAUCCUCCUCUCUCAGGAAAAGCUGCAGGUGGAGCACCCACCCUCCCAACACACGGGCGGAUCAGAUCCUCCGUCAGCCUCAGUGGAGGUCCAGUCUCACCCCCAGACUCCCGGGAGUCACAUGACUGGAGAUGGAUCGGCCAAGAGGAAAAGCUCAGAGCUGGAGACGUCAGAGGAAGAGAAGGCGACGGUCACCAAACAAGGCUGUCGCUCCAUUCCUUCCUCCUCUUCCUCCUCUUCCUCCUCUCUGGCGGUGGGGGGGCCGGCCUCGUUUGGGAUUGCUGAAUUGGAGGCGGAGCUUCUGAGCAGACAGCGGCAGGAAGAGGAGGACCGGCGGCUAGCUGUGCUUCUGCAGAAGGAGCUGGACCAGCAGGAGAAGCAGAGAGCCACUGACCGACGCAGAGGUUCCUCUGACCCGUAUCUGCUCCGCCAACACAGCAGACGGGAGAACGACAGCUCCGACACCCCCACCAGACCCCCCAGAAAGAAGACAAAGACCUCCACCCCCUCCUCUGCCUCCUCCAACAGAAGCAGAAAACAAGCCACUCUGACCGAGACUUUCUCUGGCCUGAGUGGGUGAACGCUCCUUCUUAGAGCCGAGUCUGAAAUGUCCUAAGAAGGCCACCGUAGAGACUCCUUUUACGUUUAGGUCCCAACACUACUUUCACCCAUUAGUCCUGAUCGGUAACAGAAGUCUGCAGCAGUUGUUUCUGGUGAGAUUAAUCACGACGGACUGUAAAAACACUUUUCUAAGAAAUAAAACAGUUUAAUUUGUUAUUUCUAAA